GAAAGCUGAUGCAAUUGGGGAAAGACGUCGACUUGGAGGACCAGUGAAAGACAACAUCGUGUGCAGCAAGCAAACGGCUCACGGUUUCACGUUUAAAGUAAAUUAUUGGGUAAGGCAGUAUAAAUAAUCUCGACCUACGCACAUCGUUCUUUUCCAGCCCAAAACUACAAGGUAACUGAAGAUGCCAGUAUUACGAGUUCUGAGUACGGUGGCCAAGCAGGCACUUCAGGCCCCUGUCUGUGGGUACCAGCCUUUGGCAGUGACUGCACGCUGUAUUAGCUUCUCCCCCCGCCAAGUCCCCCCUGGCUCUGAUGCCAGCUUUCACUCCGUGUCCUUCUCUGAAACAGAUCAUCCCAAAGUCCUUAUCACAGGUGGCCUUGGGCAGCUAGGUGUGGGGCUUGCAAAAUUGUUGAGGAAGCGGUUUGGAAAGAACAAUGUGAUCCUUUCAGAUAUCAGGAAACCUUCCAGCCAUGUCUUUCACAGUGGUCCCUUUAUCUACUCAGACAUUCUGGACUACAAGAAUCUAAGAGAGAUCGUAGUUAACAACCGCAUCACGUGGUUGGUGCACUACAGUGCGCUCCUCAGUGCUGUAGGCGAGGCCAAUGUGUCCCUGGCUCGUGCAGUUAACAUCACUGGUCUUCACAACAUCCUGGACAUUGCCGCAGAGCAUGGGCUUCGUCUGUUUGUCCCCAGUACCAUUGGUGCCUUCGGCCCCACUUCCCCCCGGAAUCCGACCCCUGACCUCUGUGUACAGCGCCCUCGCACCAUCUACGGUGUCUCCAAGGUCCAUGCCGAGCUAAUGGGGGAGUACUACCAUCAACGCUAUGGCCUCGACUUUCGCUGUCUCCGCUACCCUGGUAUCAUCUCUGCAGACUCCCAACCUGGUGGAGGCACAACAGAUUAUGCUGUGCAGAUAUUUCAUGAUGCCGUCAAAUCGGGAAAGUUUGAGUGUAACCUCAGGCAAGACACACGGCUACCCAUGAUGUAUAUUGAUGACUGUUUGCGGGCUACGAUCGAGGUGAUGGAGGCACCAGCUGAGGCGCUGACCAUGCGUACCUACAACAUCAAUGCUAUGAGUUUCACUCCAGAGGAACUGGCUCAGGAGAUCCAGAAACAGCUACCUGAUCUCCAGGUCACAUAUGAAGUCGACGUUAUGCGGCAGGGUAUAGCUGACAGCUGGCCAAUGAACUUCGAUGACACCAAUGCCCGUCAUGACUGGGGCUGGAAACAUGACUACGACCUACCAGAGUUGGUUCAGACGAUGCUCAACUUCAUCGGCUCAGAGUCCCAGAUUGCCCAAGCCACCUGAGCCCCAUCUAGGAGAACAAGACUUUGUACAUAUUGUAAAGACUAAUGUAGCUCUGGAGAAGGGAGAUCCCUGGUCUGUACAUAGUCCUUUUGCUCUCUGUCUCUUGACCAAUGCACUCCACUUGGAGAAGGUGUGUGAAAGUAAGCGCUCUGCUAUCCUUCUUCUCUGAGAAGGAAGAGCUGCUUUGCUUUGGGUGGUUUGCAGUAUCACUCAUCUACAGCCAUGUCAUGGAUCCUUCAGCACAUGGGUGUGGACCCAGUUGGGGUUUCCUGUAUUUGGUGCUUUGUACAUGGAUUAUUUUAGCCUGGUUAUUCUCUGGCAAAAAUAAAUAAAUAAAUAUA